AUGGUGUACAAUUCGUUGACUGAUGUCCCUCGCAACCUCAAAGAGUGCAUUGACUGGCUGAUGGCCCUGAAGGGAACCGAUGCCGAAACCAACUUGAAGGCUAUGGGUGCGGCACUUUACAAUUUUCUUGUAUAUAAGCCAGUUGGAAAGAUGGAGUUGCCAGCUCUCGAGGAAGUGAAACGUAUUUCUAAGGAAUUCCUGGAGCAAAAGGAGUUUAGGGAUCAGCCCUCCGUAAAAAAAGUGCUGGGGACAUUCAACAAUCGAAUGAAUAAACAAUACUACAAAUACUUUAGGUUCGUGGUUCAUAUCGACAAAAGCGAUUAUGAGAACGUCGUACGGACCAGGGGUACCGUACCUGAAAAAAUCGCGGAGGACUUGGGUAAAGUAGUACAUGGUACGGAGACGUUCUUGGAUGACAUAAAAAAUCCUGACAAGUAUAGGUCUGCUUACUGUCCAGAAGCGACGUGGGAUGCAUCAUUCGCGAAGAACCCGGAAGCUUGCGCUGUCAUCUUAGUGGGAAUUGGACCAAUGUUCUACGCAGGCUCAGAAUCUUUGCUAAUAGAAUUCGAAGUUUUAUAUAUAACGGGUCUGAGUCAUUACUGUUUUGAUAAUAUCCAAAUGAUGGUGAAAGCUUUGGGUUUCAAAGAGCCGGAAUGCCGCGCUAGCCCCAAUCUUGUAGAUAUAGACAGGGCGUUGACCCGUUUAGAUGACGAUGAAUUGUACACAGUAUACGACCUCUCUGGGUUUUGGGCCUUCUACUGA